AUGAAAAUCCGCAAAAAUUAUCCGCAAAAUUUUUGCGGACAAAAAAUUUUUUGCGGACAAAAUAAUGCCGAUUCGACUAUACAUUAUUUUUUUGCUCUCAUUUUUCUUUCCUCAUUUCACCCCCAUAAAAACACAUGUUCGAUUCGUUCACCGCGCUCAGGCAAUCUGUCAGCUUGAUUAAAAAACUUUGACCCUUUUAACUCAUUUCCUCAUUUUUAUAUUUUAUUUACUUUUUCCAAUUUUCCUCCCGCCUUUUUCCGCCUCACACUAACCAUUUUAUUUAUGGAUGUGCCCACGUAGUAAAAAAUGAUAUAACACACAAAAUGCCGCUAACAGUGACAGAAUGGAUG